UUCCGACUCUCUCUCAGUUUUUUGAGUUAAUGUGCCGCUGUAAGCAUUGAUUUCUGAGAGCAAAAUACAUUUAGUUCAAUAAAACCUUGUAAACCAAGCCAAGACUGUGACGAGCGGUUCAUCUCUUGUGCUUAGAACUCGUAUGGUCUCUGCGCUUUCCCCAACGUCGGACGUUAGAUGCGUAGUUGUCAUAGCAACCACCUCCGUGUACGGCUGAGCUGCAGGUAAAGUGGGCUAUGAAUUCUAUUGCUGUAACUUUCUAUAUAUCACAUUAAGUCAACCAUUAUCCCCACACAAGCAGAGCCAGCACGGGAUAAGGAGCGGCUGGGGACACCGUGUAAUAUUAACCAGUUAUUGCCUCGGGUACAGCACUCAUAGGACUAGCGAGCUUAUUUACUAAAGUCCGAAUUGCGAGUAAAGUGAUCCCCUGGCAGGUGGGGGUCCUAAUUAAUUAAACAAUAGAGAGGGGACAGACAUUAUCCCCCACUCCCAAUGUCAGUAUGUCUGCAUCCUGCCACCUCCAAUAAAAAAAUAAAAUAACCCAUCCUACCCCCCUGACCUUAUUAAUAGUGAUGGAGGGGGGCAAUUCAUUUAAUACCCAUGAAUAAAGAUUAUAUUUACCAUUACAACUCUUAUAGUUGUUCUUAUCUUUAGCCCCCAAAAAGGCUAAAUAAAAAUCCCUAAUUCCCUACACAACUAAUGAAAAAAAUAAAAAAAAAUAAACAACUCGCAAAGGAAAAAAAAAACUGGCAAAUUAUAAAAAUACACGGAAUAAAAUGAAUUCAUCCUCACCCAUGGAGGCCUUAUAGCGGGGAAUUCCCUUAGUAAGGCAUACAAAAAAAAAGAAAAAGUAAUUCAGACUAAAAGGUCCCUUUCUUCUAUAAACAUAGCAGUUUCAGAGAAUCCAGCCUCCAAAGCCUCUAGUGGCUGUCUCAUUGACAGCCGCUAGAGGCGCUUGCGUGAUUCUCACAUUCUGAAAAUCACAGUGAGAGCACGCAAGCGUCCAUAGGAAAGUGUUGUAAAUGCUUUCCUAUGAGACUGGCUGAAUGCGCGCGCAGCUCCUGCCGCGCGUGCACAUUCAGCCGAAGGGGAGGAGUGGAGGAGGAGAGCUCCCCACCCGGCGUUGGAGAAAAGGUAAGUUUUAACCCUUUCCUCUCCCCAAAGCCGGGCGGGAGGGGGACCCUGAGGGUGGGGGCACCCUCAGGGCACUAUAGUGCCAGGAAAACGAGUAUGUUUUCCUGGCACUAUAGUGGUCCUUUAAUAGAAACAAUCUGACUGGUGCAGUGCGGCAUUUUGACACACAUGCGCACUAGCCUAACAAUGCUUUCCUAUGGUCAGAAUUGAUGAGAUUUCAAAGUAAAUUUCACCAAAAUUGAAAAAAAUAUUCUCCUAAGUCAACUGUGCUUUCAGUUUGCCCACUUUGGCCUAAAAUUUGAAAUUCACUUACAGUUACAACUCCUUCUUUUAUACUCAGCUAGUAGUUAUGCUAUUCAAAUCUAACACCAGUGCAGUAACCAGUUCUUCAAUUGUCAUUUAAUAUAUACCAAAAAAUAAAUUCUGUAAAUCACCUUAAUUCGACUCUUUCUUGUGCCAAAGGGGUCUUCGUUAUUCUGAGAAAGUCAGUGAACCUAGAUUUAUGAACAUUGACUUGGAUAAGAGACAAAUAUGAUGUGCCUGUUUCAACAAAUGGUGAUCCCUUAUAAUAGCUUGGGGAUUGGGUUUGAACUAUAAAUUAAGAAUCAUUGGUAUAUUUCUUCUUGCAAUUAAUUUAUAUAGAGGUUUUUACAUAUCAUUCACCACUUAAAAGGACACUACACCGCCCAAAUAAAAAAUAAAUAAAUGGAAAUCAUUGUAGUUUACAGCAGAAAGGGUUAAUUCUAGAGGGACCUGGCACCCAGAUCACUUCAUUAAGCUGAAGUGCUCUGGGUGCCUGUAGUGGUCCUUUAAUUUCUAAAAGUGUAAUUCUAUUGAAAUAUGCACUUUUUGUAAAAUGAAAAAAAAGAGAAUAAUCUUUUUUACAUAUAAAGCAUUUUAGCAAGCUUUAGGGGGUCCGGAGUGUCAUAGAAACAUAGAAACAUAGAAUGUGACGGCAGAUAAGAACCAUUCGGCCCAUCUAGUCUGCCCAAUUUUCUAAAUACUUUCAUUAGUCCCUAGCCUUAUCUUAUAGUUAGGAUAUGCCUAUCCCACGCAUGCUUAAACUCCUUUACUGUGUUAACCUCUACCACUUCAGCUGGAAGGCUAUUCCAUGCAUCCACUACCCUCUCAGUAAAGUAAUACUUCCUGAUAUUAUUUUUAAACCUUUGUCCCUCUAAUUUAAUUCUAUGUCCUCUUGUUGUGGUAGUUUUUCUUCUUUUAACCCCUUAAAUCCGGAGGACGUACAAUUACGCCCUCUAAUAGGCGGCUCUAAACGCCGCCGGGCGUAAUUGUACGCCCUCCGUUUUUUGUUAACUUACCCGGUCGCCGGCGGUCCCACGCCGGCGAUCGCGGUGGGGGGGACUCCCAGGGAGCCCCCCGCGGCAGAUCCUUCUCCUCCGGUGCUCCCCGGCCAUGUGAGAGUGGGGUCCUAGCGAGGACCCCACAAUCACAUGGCCGGGUAGGCUGCCUCCUGCAUUGCCAGCAGGGGGGCUGCCUGUAAUGACAGGUGGUCCCCCUGCUGGCUGAAAAUAAAAUUAAAAUUACAUUUAUUGGUGUAAAAAAAAAAAAAUAAUAUAUACUUAGAUCAUAUACAUACAUACAUAUAUAUAUAUAUAUAUAUAUAUAUAUAUAUAUACACAUAUAUACACACACACACAUAUACAUACACACACGUACACCGUCUAGGUGUAUUUUACUAUUAAUAUAUAUAUAUAUAUUAAUAUCAAAUUACACGUAGACUGAUACUGAUUAAAUAUAUAUAUAAUUAUUGUUAUAUAUAUAUUUAUAUAUAAUAUAAAAAAAAUAAAAAUGUAAAUACUUUAAAAAAUAAAAUUAAAAAAAUAAUUAAAAAUAAAUAAUUAAAAAAUAUAUAGAUGUGUGUUAUUUCGUUCUAACUGUUUUGUGAAAUUAAUAUAUAUAUAUAUAUAUAUCAAAAUACAUGUAGAACGAAAUAAUAUAUAUAUCUAUAUACAUAAAUAUAUACUUAUAUAUCACUAUAUAUAUACCUAUAUAUAAAUAAAAAUAUUUUUAAAAAAUUAUAUAGAUAUAUACAUAUAUAUACACAUACGUAUAUAUAUACAUAUAUUAAUUAUACAUAUAUAUUUAUGUAAUAUUUUUACAUAAUUAGGUAUCUUAAUUAAUUACAAUUACCAGGACCUGCCUGACAACCCAUGCCGAAAGUAAAGGGAAUUUAAUUUGCUAGCACUAUAUUUAACCCUAUAACUUUCCGAGACACCAUAAAACCUGUACAUGGGGGGUACUGUUCUACUCGGGAGACGUCACUGAACACAAAUAUUAGUGUUUCAAAACAGUAAAAUGUAUUACAACGAUGAUAUCGCCAGUAAAAGUGAAGUUUUUUGCAUUUUUCACGCACAAACAGCAUUACACGGACAAUAGUAUUGCUGUGAUACUUUUUACUGUUUUGAAACACAAAUAUUUGUGUUCAGCGAAGUCUCCCGAGUACAACAGUACCCCUCAUGUACAGGUUUUAUGGUGUUUUCAAAAGUUACAGCAUCAAAUAUAAGGCUUGCGUUUCAUUUUUUUCACAUUAAAAUUCGCCAGAUUGGUUACGCUGCCUUUGAGACCCUAUGGUAGCUCAAGAAUGAAAAUUACCCCUAUGAUGGCAUACCAUUUGCAAUAGUAGACAACCCAAGGUAUUGCAAACAGGGUAUGUCCAGUCUUUUUAGUAGCCACUUAGUCACAAACACUGGCCAAAAUUGGCGUUUUUUGCAUUUUUCACACACAAACAAAUACUAACGCUAACUUUGGCCAGUGUUUGAGACCAAAUGGCUACUAAAAAAGACUGGACAUACCCCAUUUGCAAUACCUUGGGUUGUCUACUAUUGCAAAUGGUAUGCCAUUGUGGGUGUAAAUUUCAUUCCUGGGCUACUAUACAGUCUCAAAGGCAACGUAACCAAUCUGGCAAAUUUCAAUUUCAAAUGUACGUGCUAUAUUUGACCCUGUAACUUCCCAAAACGCCAUAAAACCUGUACAUAGGGGGUACUGUCUUACACGUGAGACUUUACUGAAUAUAAAUAUGUGUAUUUUAUUGCAGUAAAAGCAAACAGUAUUAUGACACUGACCGUUAAAAUGCCAUGUAGAACUAAAAAAAUCAAAAAAAAUCUUAUUUUCUCCCAUUUUUUUCAUAUUAAAUUAUGUUUCACAGCUAAAUAUUUGAUAUUAAAUGAAAGCCCUGUUUCCCCUGAAUAAAAUGAUAUAUAAUAAGUGUGGGUGCAUUUACUAUGAAAGAGGUGUAUUACGGUUGGACAGACAUGUAGCGCAAAUGCCAGGUUUUGUUUACAUUUUGUUUUGUUCACAAUGUGUACAUUUGGCUCCGUCCUUAAGGGGUUAAAUAUAGUCUCCUCCUUUACUGUGUUGAUUCCCUUUAUAUAUUUAAAUGUUUCUAUCAUAUCCCCCCUGUCUCGCCUUUCCUCCAAGCUAUACAUGUUAAGAUCCUUUAACCUUUCCUGGUAAGUUUUAUCCCGCAAUCCAUGAACCAGUUUAGUAGCCCUUUUCUGAACCCUCUCUAAGGUAUCAAUAUCCUUCUGAAGAUACGGUCUCCAGUACUGUGUACAAUACUCCAAGUGAGGUCUCACCAGUGUUCUGUACAAUGGCAUGAGCACUUCCCUCUUUCUACUGCUAAUACCUCUCCCUAUACAACCAAGCAUUCUGCUAGCAUUUCCUGCUGCUCUAUUACAUUGUCUGCCUACCUUUAAGUCAUCAGAAAUAAUCACCCCUAAAUCCCUUUAGGUCCCUUUAAUUCAAGUGUUAACGACUGCACAACAUUUAUACAUAACAUUCUUACUUGUUUGAUUCUUUAUAAUUGUAUUUAGCAAAAAUUUAGCAAUUACUGUAGAUAUGGAGAAAUGUAAUAAAGGAGUAGUACUGAAGUACAUCUUCCAUGUUAAUUGUGAUUUUAAGUUUAUAAAUUAAAGGACCACUAUUGUCACCCAGACCACUUCAAAGAAACUGCUAUGUUAACAUUGCAGGGUUAAUCCAGCCUCUAGUGGCUGUCUUCCUGACAGCCGCUAGAGGCGCUUCCGCGACGCUCAAUGCGAAAAAUCACAUUGAGCACGCAGAACAUCCAUAGGAAAGCAGUGAGUAAUUGUUUUCCUGGCACUAUAGUGGUCCUUUAAGAAAAUAUAAUUAGUUUAUUUCUAUUUUAUUUUUUACAAAUAGAGCAAAUUGCUCAAGGAAUUAUGGGAUGUAGGGCAAGCACUAUUAAGAGGUGCUACCAUAAGGUGUCAAAAUGUCCGGUUGACUGGCAGGAGGGGAGUGCACAGCUCUCCCCUACUGCCAGUCACUCCAUGUAGCGUGGCCACACAGACAGUGGGAGAGGAUCUUAUUUAUCCCAGCUUCAGAUCAGACUCGGUAGAGGACACAGAAGAUCUUCUACCAUGGUCCACAGUGCAACAUAACGUGGGGGAGGGGUUGGGGUUUAAAAUGUUACUGGGGGGAGAAAAAAAGUGUAGGGCUAGACACAAAGGGACUCUGGGAGUGGGAAAUAAAACACAAAGUGGCUGUGGGCUAGAAAUGACACGUAAAGGGGAGCUAGGGAGGAGUGACACAAACAAAGAUGUUGGGGGUUGAGUUAUAUUUUUCAUUAAAGGAAUACUUCUAAGCACCAUAACCAAGACACCACUCUAAGUACAAUAAUCUUUAGUAUUUACGUAUUAAGGUAACUUGAUUGUUCUACAGCCCAGAGUAAUCUCAAAUUGAUAUCACAAUAUUGUCUUAAAGGCACAGUUAAAAGGAUAGUCUAAGCACUAAAAACACUACAGUAGUAGUAGUACUAGUACUAUUGCAAUGAUUAUGGUACCAGCAUACCUCUAGCACUAUCCUAUGGAGGCAGUCAAACCAUUUACUUCUGUUUAACAUAUCACUACUGACUAGAAGGACAAAUCCUGGCAAGUGUCACACCAUUUGUAAACACAUUUAUCUCUCAGCCAUUCCUUGUAUGUGCAACGCAGAAGUCCUAGGCUCCUGUUCUAGUAGUAUAGUUAGCAGAUUUGACGCCUGACAGGAUAAUUCUCUAAAAUAUUGUCGGGAAUUGAUAGUGCAUUAUAAGUGAAUUAAGAUUUUAAUCUGCAGUGGCUGAACUGAAAACAUAGCUGACUUGAAGUAUGUUUCCAGUUUUUUUCUAUAAAAUUUGCCUAAACUCUGUCUGAAAUUUCUAAAUCUUUUUGAAUUCUUGACAAGUCACGCUUCAGUAAAUUACCUUGACAGUGUGUUUUAACAUGCAAAAUGUUUUUAUUCAAAUGUAUGCAUCUAUGCAAAAUUGUCUAUGUAAAGUGUGUUGUAUACAUUUCUUUAUAAACUUAUCUGUCUGACUAAAAAAGUUGUGCAUUUAUUUCUCAAAUAGGUUUUCCAUAAUCAUGGUGUUGUAGUUCCUGUUUUAUGCAGUUCGCUUAUAUUUGCUCUGGAGUUAGUCAAAAUGAUGAACAUGUUGGGAGAUCGCACAUGCAUGGACAGCUUGAGGAAGGACAUCACUGACCUGCAGGGUACCCUGGUAGAUGUGUUCUCAAGGGUUGGGGCAGUCCGGUACCCUUCGUGGAAAUUUCCAGAUAAAACAUCAUGUGACCUGGACCUAGUGCAGUUGUUAGAGACAUAUGACCAUGUUGAAGAUGAACAUGAGUUCACACAGCUAUCACAUGUUGUCCUACUUGAGCUGGUCAUCGACAGGUAUAUUUCAUAUGACAAACAUUUUGCUACAAGAAUUUAGGUCAUGGGUGGAGUAAUAUUUGACACCUCAGCUGAUUACAGACUAGAUUACAAGAUGUUUAAACAACACUCGGCUAGCUAAGCAUCUUGGAAACUGGAGUCCACAACAGAAAGGCAAAGACCCUUCAUUAAAUAUUUGAAGUGAAGCAGCACAAAUAAUCAUAACUGAUGGCGUAUCAUAUGCAGGGCUGUCCAACCUGUGGCCCCCCAGGUGUUGCUGAACUACAACUCCCAUGAUUCCCUGGCUAUCUGUUUAAUUGAAAGAAUCAUGGGAGUUGUAGUUCAGCAACAUCUGGGGGGCCGCAGGUUGGACAGGCCUGACAUAGAGACAUGUUCAAACCACAACACCUGGAAGAAUUAAUUUUGUUACCAGUCAAAUACAUCUGUAUUUCUUAAUUCAGGUGUAUUAAUAAUUACUUUAAAACUGUAAAAUGCAGGAGAACAUAGAAAAAUAUUUAAAUCAGUGCUGAAUGACCAUUGACACUUGCCAUCCCUUGAUACUUAACUGGAUACUACUCCAGAAGAAGAAUAAGGACUGUAAACAUAUAUUAACAUAUCAGAUCUGUGUCAAAUGGGUGCAUGCAUUCUGCAAGCACUAUGGAAAAAAUAGAUUUUACAUAUUAAAUUGUUAGCACCAUUUUAUCAGGCUGUUGAACAAAGUAAUUUUGCUUCUUCUUGUGGUUUGCAGAUAUAUUUUAGCUGAAUUGCCACCAGUUCCAACCGUUUGUGCUGCUCCGCUACAAAUAUGUUUGAUGGAGAUUCAGUUUCUAUGUUUCACUAUUGACUUCAAAGCUAACACAUACAAUGUCAAAUCCCCAUGGUCUUUUCCAUAUCCUUUAUAAAAUUGUAGAUAGACAUGAUGGUGUUACACUGAAGGAAGAACCGUUGGUGCACAACAUAAUUCAGUAUUGCGUUAGUCAUUUUUAAAGCGCUCCUAAAUUUGCAAAAUGAAAGAUCACAUAGAGGUUGAAUUUAAUGUUUCACAGGCAAGAUUUUCCUCGUUGAUGAACUAUUCAUAUCCUAGGUGUAUUGAAAUAUACCGGUAAUACUUUUUUUUCAUUUGUCCUGUGAUAGCAUCCUCUUUUCGUAUGUCAUAAGUGUUUUUAUUUUUUUAUUAUUAUUAUUAUAUUUAUUUUGUUAGAAGGCAUAAAUUCAUAUAGUUUUAGUGAUACACUUUCUAUAACUAAUGCUGGGAUAUAUACAGUUUACAUACAUGUCAUGAAAAAAAGAUUUUAAAGAGUAGCAAUUACUUCCUUAAAGGGAUACUAUAGGCACCAAGACCACUUCAUCUCAAUGACGCUGUCUGGGUGCAAUGUCCCCCUUGUUUAAACCCUGCAAUGUCAAACAUAUAUUUAGCUAAAGUCAGGAAAAGAGAUAUCAGGAAAAUAUAUUGACAAUCUAAGGUCAAAACAGAUACCAAAAUAGACAAUAAAUGAGGAAAAUACUAAGGAGAACAACACAGAGACAGUCUCAUCCUGCAUGACAGAUAUGGAUCAAUAAUUACAGGAAUACUGUACUUUUUUUUUGAAUCAGUUUCUAAAGAUGGUGCAACUUGAUUUUAAAUCUAACUUCUAGGUUUUUUAUUUUGUUCACCUCUCUUUUUUUCUCUAACAAUAAGUUUUUGUCAGGAUUAUAGUUGAUCCAGCACGCAGAAUUGUAUCACACCUAAAGACUAAGGAUACCGCCUAACCGGACCUUAGAAUGGCCGGACUUAACGUACCAGAGAAUAGUCAGAAUACUAGCUGAGGUCAGGGACACAGAAUGAGACAUAACAAUGGGGAAAGCCAAAAGUCAAGGAUACCAGAAAUCAGGAAAGUCAAAAUAAGGGGGUCUGCCUUGACAUUGGCAGGCGGGCAUUCCCUCCAGUGGCCAUGGGAGUAACUAAAUGACCUCCAUUUAUUUAAAUAUACAUAGGGAUUUAGGAGAGAGCGCAGGUAACUUUUUCUUUGUUUUUUACCUUGUGUAUCAGUCAGAGGCAUGUCACAGGCUGGCGUCACAUUGCAGCGUAUUGGGUACACUCCUACCAACUCUCAGCUUGUCCCCAGAGAUUCUCACGCCAGCCGCGAUAACCCCGCCUCCUUUUAUGAUGUGUCUAAUAAACGCCGACGUCAUGACGCUAAGAACGCCACAGCCCGCCAAGGUUUUCAAACAGUUGGGGGCGUGGUUACCUACCUAAUUGAACACUGUAUUUAAAGAGAAACCAGGAAGAGACUCAUAGCUCUGUUGUGGUUCUUGUUUGACCCAAGAGCGCGUAUUUCAUAUUGGUAUUCUUGUAUUCUGACUUUGGCUUCGUUUGACUAUUCCUCCUUCAGUGUUCCUUUGACCCCGGCUAUUGCAUUAUCAUUGAUCCUGAUUACUGGUACCCCUGACCUCGGCUCGCUAUUUGACUAUUCUUUGUGUGUGUAGUGUUAGUCCAGCCAUCCUAAGGUCUGGUAUACAUUACUAGUAUUUGCAUUCUGCGUGUAGGAUCCCCGAACGUUCCUGACACCCUUCUUGCCACAGUAUAAGCAGAGGCCUUCUUUUCUCCUGAACUAUUUCUCUGCCUCUGACAGUCUCAAAACCCCUAACUGCAUAGGUUCAGGUUCAGACUGCACAGAAGGGCCAGGGACAACAGGAUUGGAGAAGUGACAUAUUCAUACGUCUGGUUCUAUUUCUAGUUAUCUCCCUGUUCCUAAGUCGGUUAUCGAUAUGCAUCACAUAAGUGAUGUAUUCAUUUAACCUCACUGCUAGUUCUUUGGCUGCAAUCUCAUCAAGCUUCGUAUAAUCCCUCUGCAAAUGCGUUAUUAGUCCAGUCUACCUCAGAAGCCAGAGUGCGGAAUUCUAUGGCAUAAUCUGAGACAGAAUGGUUCCCUUGUUUGAUACGCAUUAGGGCAGUGGAAGCGUUGUUCUCCCUUCCCAAUGGUUCAAACAUUAAUUUGAAUUCCACAAGGAAUUCCUGGUAAUUAUGGACAACAGUCCUAUUACUCUCCCAUAAUGGAUUGGCCCAAGCUAAGGCUUUACCUUUCAGUUGGUUCAUUAAGUACCUAAUUUUAGCUCUAGCCGUGGGAAAGACCCAGGUGAGGCUUCAAAAUGGUACUCAAUCUGAAUAAGGAAUCCCUGACAUUCUUGAGUAUUACCUUCAAAUGCAGGGGUGGAAAUAGGGAGAUAGUAGGUGCCUUAUACAUUAUAGGUGUAGGUACAGCAGGCGGGGGUGUACCUGCCGGAGGAACUUCAGGCUGCAAAUGAUCCAUACGUAUUAGGAGCGUAUUGAAAGCCUGGGCAAAUUGAUCCAUACGGUGAUUAUUUUCCUCUAGCUUUCUCUCACAAGCUACUAUGUGCUGACACAAAUCUGCAGGAUCUAUGGCCAUGUCGUAAUGUCAGGAGUAUAGGUGAUCCAGCACGCAGAAUUGUAUCACACCUAAAGACUAAGGAUAACGUCUAAGCGGACCUUAGAAUGGCCGGACUGAACGUACCAGAGAAUAGUCAGAAUACUAGCCGAGGUCAGGGACAUAGAAUGAGACAUAACAAUGGGGAAAGCCAAAAGUCAAGGAUACCAGAAAUCAGGGAAGUCAAAAUAAAGCCAAAGUCAGAUACCAGAAAAACACGAUCAGGAACACACUCUUGGAUAACCAGCUAGUGGAAACCACGACAGAGCACUGACCAAAAGGUAAUUUGGGUUUAAAUAACCUGUAAUUGGCUGUCUCUGCUCUCUGACCCCAAAAUGUGCGUGGACGUCAAUGACAGGACAUCACACGCAUGUUGGUGCCAUCUUUGAUGUGGGCGAAGAUGAGUUUCCUAUUAAAACCGGAACCGCAGCAGCCGGUGUCUCUAGGAACGUUGUACUUGCUGGGGACCGUAACGGAAGGAGGACGGGUAUCGGUUUGCCGCAACCAAGGUAAGUAUACAAAAUCUCUGUUGGCGUGGCUGCUUAGUUUAUGUGCGGCCACGCCAGCAGAAGACCGGGGAGCCGUGACGGUUUUGUCUGAAUAUGUGAGCAUUCUGUGGUAAUAAUAAGCAAUAAUGCAGUUGCAUAGACAGCCAAAAAAAGCUUUUUCAUGGUACUAUAUGCUUAUGAUUUUUUUUUUUAAUUAUUAUUGUAAUUGAUUUAGUGUAUUUAUUUUUGAAAUUGUUUGUUUUUCUUUUGUUUUUUUAUUCUUUAAAUAUAAUUGACAUCAUCAUUAAAAACUAAUUGAAUAGAGAAAAAAUACUGACUUAAUUGAUCCACAGGUUGCUGCUCCUUCUUCAGAGUUUCAGCACAUACACAGAUCUAAUAAGCAGUGAGAAAGACCUCCCCCCUGCACGCAGCCAGGGAUCUUCUAUGUCCAUUGGCCUGGCAGUCCGCAAGUCCUGGACCAGCAUGCUAAAACUGGGAUCUGUUUACCAACAAUCAGUGAGUGAAAUAUUGAGAGACCUCUGCAGUGAUAAUCUGCUAUUAAACAUUACAUAUAUAUAUAUUUAUGUGUGAAUACACUCAAAUAAAUGAAUUUUCUGGGCAGUCUCUGUUAUUGUAGUGCAGCCUUGCAGAGAUUUUUAGACCCUUGACAAAUCCUCUCAUUUUACUCAAAACAUACUUUUGUUCGUGGGAUACUUAGCUGAAAACAUUUAAAAUCAGAAAUAAUUAUUUUAAGGUGACAGUGGUUUUCUAAAAUAUGCUGUUUGUAAGAAUGUUCCUGCGCUGGAAUUUCCACAUUUACCUAAUGCUUCUGCCUGUGAGACAUUAACGUAACAAGCAUUUAAAAAAAAAUUUUUUUAAAGUAAAGUCCAACCAUAUAUAAUGAACAUCGGUUUAGGUUACAAAUCUGAAGGAAAACUGUGACAGUGAAGAAGAAACAGCAUUCUACCGCAGUAAGAGAUAAAGCACUCAAACUACAUCAGUUUUAAAAAGGACACAAAGUGUUUGAAAAUCCCUGUGAACACUGUUUGGAUAAUUAACUGGAACUCAUCAUGGCUACAUAUCACCACCCAGAUACUGCCUAGAAAAUAUAAUCUUCAAAAAGCACACUGCUCAUCAGCAAGGCUUGGGAAUCUCAUGAGAAUUGGUGGAGCAAAAUACAGAGCAAUACUGCAGGAGAACCUUUUACAGUCUGUUGAAAAGCGUCAACUUUAAAUAUAUUUUAAAGGGGAGCUGUCAACAAAUUUUUACUUCUCCUUUUUAUUUUAAAGUUUAUUACAUUUAAUGAUAUUAUAGAUUUUUUUUAAAAUGAUUUCUAUUAAUUGUUUUGAUAACAUUUCACUUUUUAUCUGACUGAGCAGCUUUGUUGGAUCAGACUAAACUGUUUUCUGACCAACUGCUGCUCAACCUAAAUUGCCUGCUGCUAUAAUUGCUGUGUGUGGAACGGUUGCAAUAUCAUCGUUUCAUGUUAACAUUUCAAAAUGUAAUAAACUUUUUAAAAAGGAGAAGUUAAAACUCGAUGAGUUUUCCUUUUUUUAUAUUGGAUUUUGUUAACAUGUAAAACAAAAGCCAUAAGCUUACCUGUAAUCCAGCUCCGACACAUUCUCUUCUCUGCAGACGAUCCUCCCCACUGUGAAAGCAUCAAUAAUUAUGAUCUCUGGUCCAAUCCAAUACUUAUUAUAGAGAAGCAUUGUGGAUCUACUGUUUAUAAGUGGUAAGCAAUAGACUCAGCCAAUCCAAUGCUUUUCUUUUAGAAGCAUUGUAUACAACGCUUCUCUAUGAGAUGCCUUAGUCACAUUUGGCAUCAUGCUAUUCAUGUUUAUGCCAAAUGUGAACACAUUUUACGAUCAAAGGUCUUAAAGGACCACUCUAGGCACCCAGACCACUUCAGCUUAAUGAAGUGGUCUGGGUGCCAGGUCCUUCUAGGGUUAACCCAUUUUUUCAUAAUUAUAGCAGUUUCAGAGAAACUGCUAUAAUUAUGAAUGGGUUAAGCCUUCCCCCUAAUCCUGGUCUCAUUGACAGCCACUAGAGGCGCUUGCGUGCUUCUCACUGUGAUUUUCACAGAGAGCACGCCAGCGUCCAUAGGAAAGCAUUGUAAAUGCUUUAUGACUGAAUGCGCGCUGCCUGCGCGCGGCAUUCAGCGGGCGGGCGGCGCGGGAGAGAGGAGAGCUCAGCGCUGGAAAAAGGUAAGUUAUUACCCCUUUCCCCCUUCCAGAGCCGGGCGGGAGGGGGACCCUGAGGGUGGGGGCACCCUCAGGGCACGAUAGUGCCAGGAAAACGAGUAUGUUUUCCUGGCACUAUAGUGGUCCUUUAAGGAGGAAUCACCUCUAGUGGCUGCUUGACAACCCCUAUAUGUGUGUUUUUGGCCAAAUGUAAAAUGGCAAUGUUUUACAUUUUAAAAGAAAAAGGUUGUUACCCCUGCACGAAAAUCAUUACAUUAACAAGGUUAUUCACUAAACUCUGAAUUGUCGCAAACUACAUCUGAAUGGAAAAACUGAGGUAAAGAAAAAUAGCUGAUCUAGAAACAUUUUCCAGCUCAGACAAAGUAACAAUUUGGCUAUUUUUGUCUUAAUGUUUCCUUUUAAAUUUAAUCUGGGAACAUUUGGAAUUUAGGGAAUAACUGCAAACUGUAGUGAUUUUGGUGCUUCAACUAUCCUUUGAAGCUUGAGAAAAAAGUUCACCAAUGUGCAGGAAAAUGAUCUCUAAAGGCAAAAACAACUUUGGAAUUGCUGAAGAGCAAAAACAUGAAUAUCCAACUGCGGCCCAAUCAAUGGCUUUGGAGAAUCUGUUGAACUAUUUGAAAAUUGCAGUCCACAUGUGCCACCCAACCAACAGGAACCACAUGGAGAAAGAAAAGUGGGCAAAAGACAGGCACGAGUUCAGUUUUUCUUUAACUAUCAAAUUAGAAAUAACUAAUUUUAACUUUAUAAUAUACUCUUAGAACAGAGGAAUUUGCAAUGAAUAUAUUGUUUGGGCAUUUGUAAGAGUAAAUGAUUUUUAAUUCAGAAAACUGUGAUCAUUUUCAAUUGUUCGAAAUCCUUUUGUAUUGUUUUUGCACUGUAUUUACUUAAACCUUAAUUAUUUUUCAUCACAACUUUCUAAAAAUUCAUCAAUAACUGCAGCAAACAAAAUACUUUGUACCAUUCACAUACUAAUUCCAGAGGCAUUGUUGAAUAAUUCAAGAUUUUCUUCCUGUGCCAAUUUUGCUUGUUACUACAGUAAGGUUACAAGCUGAGGCAUCGGGCAUGUCUGCCUUACUCGAAGUUAAGCCACAUCACAGUUGAAGCUUACUGCUUCAUGAGUGCUGUUGCUUAUCACCAAAGAGGAACCCCAAUUAUAAAUUGAAGCAUGACAUCACUGUCAGUACACACAUGCUCACAGCUAGCUUUCUCUUUAUUGUAACUUAUAGCCACAUCACCAAUAUGCUUUUUUUUAUUUAACAUUUAUUAAAGAUCACCUUGAGUUUCCCUCUUGUAUAUGACUUAUUUGUGGUUUUAGAGCAUAAUUGGGAGACUGGUGGUUGUUGUUUGGGUGGCACUCUUUGUGUAGUGUAUUCAUUCACCCUGUCAUCUCCGUGGAGAUAGUAAUACCAUGACAUGGGGAUACUCCCAAUCCCAAUUGCUCAACAUUGGUGGAGGAAGUUUCAUACCAAGAGCUCAAACAGAUGAUCCUUCCAUUGCACGAUAAUCUGCAAGCUUUUACCCCACUGACCUCUCCCUUGCUAAUCAGUUUUUCCUCCGUUAUUAGCAAUUGCUCUCACAAUAUUAAGCAUCUCAUCGAUAACAUCUCCUUACUUUGCCUUGCCUUAACCCCUCCUUAUACUAACCCCAAGAGCUAACAGUUUUUCAAACUAUUUUACUGACAGCAUUGUUCAUUUAAGGAACAAUUCUCCUCACUUCAUUCCUCACACUCUAAACCGUGGAAGAAAUUACUCUGGGAGUGUACGAGGCUGUAAAAGUUGUGGUGCUUGGAGUGUUCCUUUAGUGUGUUCUAUGCUUGCCUAUGGAGAGUUUCGAAACGCUGGAUGUUCUCAUGCAAAGCAUAAAGACAUCCAGCAUCAUUUCAGCAUCAUUAAACUAUGUAAAAAGCAAGGAAUCACCUUUAGUGGCUGUCUAAGAGAAAGCUGCUACAGUCAGUCUCUCUGAAAUUGCAAUGUUUUACAUCGCAGGGUUAAGGAGACAGGAACAUUGCAGCCAGACCAUUUCAAUGAGUUUUCCUUUAACAUGCUCUCUUUCUUCUGGUGUCCUGCCCAUGUCCCUUAAACAUGCAACUGUCACUCCUAUCCUACAAAAAGCCAUUUCUCAACUCAGCUGCUCCAUCUAACUGCUCCUCACUCCCUUUUGUAAUGUCACAUACCAGGUCUUACGCUAUUGUAGACUCUCCCCUAGAAUUCAAUACUUUGAAGAGACCCUUGAAAUCCACCUCUGAAGACAAGCCUAUAGCCUUCCUGGGAAAUUCCCAUUAUUCAAAGCUGUAUACGCCCUCUCUUUUAACAUAGGCUCUAUGUCUACUCUACUAUCCUACCUUCCAAAUCUACUGUUUUCCUCUCACUCACCUGUUAACCAUGUUUACUGCAUAGCUGUGCCUCUUGUCUUUCUACCUGAUCUCCUCUAGAUUUUAAACUCCUUUGAGCAUUUGUGUGGUCAGAUCAAUAAACAGCACUUUCAUUGAGCUUCCUGGUAAAAUUUAAUUGAUAUCAUCCGAGUGCAGGUUUUCUUCUUUUCUUUUUUUUGCUGUUGAAUUUCUACAUUACAAUUGUAAAGCCCCACGGAACUUGUUAGUACUUUAUAAAUGGUAACAAUAAUAAUAUAUACAUUUAUUUGUUUAUUAAUUUGUAGAAGUCUGAUAAGAAAAUAACUACAUCAAAAGAAAAUGAGACAUCAAAGGAAACAUCUAGACGCGUGUCUUCAUCCAGAUGCCAAUCUACCCCCACUUCUCAAAACAGAACUGAGACCCCCGCUUUGAGAGGAUCCCAAAACUGCAUUGCUUGGGAUACUCGCACAAUAGGCUGCCAGACCAUGGAGUCUUCCCUAGUGCCAUGCGAUGCAUGUGACAUAGCUCAAAGCAGUCUACGAGAAGUCAGUGAUGCCAUAAUUAACGUAUGCAAAGAUCAGAACCUGCCCUGUUCCCUCUCCAGAAUUAAAGAAAGAUUCAACCCAAUGGGUAUUCUGUCACCUAAUGAGAUGCGUUACUGGGCAAGUGAAGAAAGUAAGGACAUGGCACGUAUAAGCAAACACCUGUCUGAGCUCAAACAGGUGAUCCUUCCAUUGCAGGAUCAGCUGCAAGCUGCCAGUGUAGAAAAAGAUAAGCUGCAGCAAAAUAUAGAGAGUGAAAAGAAGCAGAUACAAGCCCACCGAGAGGACAUGCAGAGACAGCUAAAAGAGAAUGAGAGGCAUAUGCAGGAAAAAGAGCACAAGCGCAAGGAAGACAUCAAUAAAAUGGAGAGGGAUAAGGAAGAGCUAAGGAAAGGUACAUGACUGAUAUAAAUAAAAACUAGUAUAUGAGGGGUCGUGGGUACAUUUACAGAUUAACCAUAGUAAACAUUUAUGCAUUCAAUGCAGGAGCUGCAGUUCUUGAAGAGAGAGUUUCCAUUCUUAAAGAAGAGCUGAAAUCCCAGCACAGCAUUAUCCGAGACCUGGGUGAGUACUGAUAGUAAUGGAAAUGUAACUGUAAAAGAGAAUUAGUCUUUAUUCAUUUUAAAAGGACAUGUGAGCAUCCAGUCCUUUGAUAUGACGGAACAUAUGAAGGUAGCAAGAAACAUUAGUAGUGCAGUUAUUAGAAUUCCACCACAAAUGUGGUAUAUAAGUAGUUUGGAACAGCUUUGAUCCUUGGCUUAAAGCCUUCAUCAGAUUCCAUAGUGAAUACCUGGGUGUUUGCAUUUGAAAGUCCUGUGAUUAUUUAAAACUGUGCUCAAGAGUCUGUAAAUGAGAGACAAGAGACAACAUUGUGCUUCUGUGUUAAAGGGACUUAUGUUGUUAUAUGUGUAUUAGAAUUGGCAAAAGAGCAACUUGUGUGUGAGAUGCAGAGCAUGGUGAAUAAAGAGAAAGUGACAGAGCUGGAGCAGAAAGUGAACGAAUUGAGAAGUCAUCUUGAUACAACAAUGCAGCUCCUAAAAGAUUCAGAGGAGCAUGUGUCCAAAGAGAGAGCUCGCGUAGAAAGUCUAGAAAACCAUAAAGAGGUGAGUGGGUCAUUUGUAUUUACAGUUGUGUUUGAAGAAAUAUGUACAUAAAUUCUGCAAUCUCAGGAAGUGUGCAUGUCUCCAAGGUCACUAAUCUGUUGGCCUCUCCUAUUAACCAAGCCUUGUGCUAGGCUGUAAGUAUUUGUCAAGUUGAUUUUAGCAAAUUUAUUGAACACAGGAAAAAAAAAAAGUGUUAAAAAGGUAUAGUCAGUGUGUAUGGUGCAAGCAAAUACUCCCAUUUACAAGUACUAUUAUUUUGCUGCAACUAGUCUCUGCAGGUGAAGCAGAAAUCACUACUACAGCAGCUAGACCGAUUAGCCCAACAAUGCGAAGACUUGCAGGGCAGCCUGGGAGAUGCGGAGGAGGAGAAAACAAGCUUGGAGGAGCAAAUGGAAAAACUGGAGAAUGAGAAGGAAAACCUAAAAUGCCAACUUGAAGAGAAGCAGGUAUAAGUUAUUUCUUGUACUGGUUGGUUCAGUAUGUUGGGAAUAAUACCAUCUGAUCACAUCUCAUGCAUAACAUUAAUAAUACUAAAAGCCUUAGCUCACUUUGUGAAGGAAGUGUUCUAAAGUACACCCUCGCUGUAAUAACUAACUAGAGCAACACUCUAGGCCUUUUUUUUUGGUUUCUUAAUAGUUUCAUUCCGCAAAGGCCACAACUUGAUUUGAAAAUGUUUUUUCAGAUGCCUAGGCAUGAGUUUGGUCACUUGAGUUUGGAAGUGCUAUAAUAAAGAACAGGUCCACCGACCAUGCAGAUAUUUACCUAUUUAGUCAUUUUUUUCUUUAUAAAUUGGUGGGAAUGGAUAACGUUGAGGGUAGCCCAGAAGGAACAUGGCAUGCUUUAUAGAAUUGAUUAUAGUAUUACACAUUUCUGCCUUUUUUUGACAUAGAAACAAAGAAUGUGACGGCAGAUAAGAACCAUUCGGCUCAUCAAGUCUGCCCAAUUUUCUAAAUACUUUCAUUAGGUCCCUGACCUUAUCUUAUAGUUAGGAUAGCCUUAUGCCUAUCCCACGCAUGCUUAAACUCCUUCACUGUGUUAACCUCUACCACUUCAGCUGGAAGGCUAUUCCAUGCAUCCACUACCCUCUCAGUAAAGUAAUACUUCCUGAUAUUAUUUUUAAGAUGUGGCAAUUCAGAUAAUAUCUUAGCUUUUCUGUACUCUUUCUUGUUUAGGAGGUAGUGAAACAGCUCCAGCAACAGAAACAGAAACUGGAGAAGUCCAUUUCUGGCACGGAGAGCAAACUGAGAGAACUGGAAGUUGAUCUCCAAGAGCAAAGAGAAAAGGCCAGAUUACUGGUAUCUUAUCCAGACUUAAACACCCCCCCAGUGUUUGAAAGUAAGUAGAGCAGUAGAAUAUGUAGUUUUUAAUAUUUUGGCCUUCAUGUAUACCUCUUUAGGCCUGAAAACCUCUUCAGAUCUGUCUACAGCCAAUGCUUCUAAAAAUGAUGGCGUAUUUAAUUGCAUGAGGAUCUCAAUAUAGCCAAUAUGGCCGUUUCAUUGUACUAGUAUUAGCAGCUCUAGGUACCAUAAAAAAGACAACAAUAAGGGUAUCUCUUAUAUCUCUGUCUGUCAUAUGUGUCUAUUUGUUAUACCAGUUUUUUUUGUUAGGCUUUUUGCUAUUUUGUGGGGGUUUUUACUGUGGAUAAAAUCAGUGUUUCUGAAUUAUUUUAGUUGCAAUGCAUUUAUUACUGAACCCAUUUUGGAACUUUUGGCAUGUUUGUUGUUCUUUCUUGAUUUCAAAAGGACAACCCACUGUAAUCUGUCAAACCAUUAUAGCACAGUUUGACAAUUGCCUGAGUACCGCUAGGCAUCUGUCCUGCUUCCAGUCUACUUGAGCUUUUGAAGCCAGAUGUCAAUUUUGUGCAAGACUGAAACUCACUAAUUGACUGAAAGAUCUCUGGGCCAAUGAGUUUCUAUCGUAAAUCAAACUUGACGGGUUAAGUGACUUUCUUUAAAUGUGUCACCUUUUAUUUAAGUUGUAUGGUAUGCUUCCCCAUGACUCUCUGUGGCUCAUUUUUACUUUUUUUGUUCAAAACAAAUUUAGUUUAAUUAAGUAUUUUCUGUUUCUGUAUGUGUGGCCCUAGCCACACCUCCCCUGGCUGUGACUGACACAGAUUGUAUGAAAAACAAAAUGGUUUCAUUUUCAAUCAGAUGUAACUUACUUUAAAGGUUUUUAUUUCCUGCGCUGUAAAUUGAACUUUAAUUACAUAUAGGAUACAUCUGCAUGAUUUAUCAAGCUAUUAACAGAGCAGGAGAUAAGAAAUUUUAAAUUAAACAGAAUUUGUAAUAAGGGAAGUGUAAACAUUAGAUGACUCUUCACAGGAAGUUUAGGAAGGCUGGACUAAGGCUGCAUAAACAAAGCAAUUUAACUCCUAAAUGGCAGAGAAUUUAGCAGUAAGACUACAGGGACAUGAUCUAUACACCAAAACUGCCUCACUAAGCAAAAGUUGUUUUGGUGACUAUAGUGUCACAUUAAGCCUAAGUCAUAUAUUUAUUUUUUUUAAAGCUGUGGACAAAUUGACCCAUACAUCAUUAAUAUCAGUGUCUUAUUUGGGAAGUGGAGUGUUUUUGGGGUUUUAAUAUCUAGCUGCCCAUAUGGCAAAAAUUCAACUGUCAUAAAACAGAGCUCAACUGCAUCCUAAUGUAAGGUGAAUGAAGGAGAGUUAAGGAAAAAGACAUGUAAUUGAAUGUGUAGAAGUGCCAAAGAAUUUGCCAUGGGAAAAAUAAACUGACAAUAGUUACUUGUUCCUAUUAUCAGUCUUUCUAUCCAAAAAAGUGAAAUAAUCUGUUUUUGAGAUUUAAAUUGAAUAGUAUAACUGCGAUGUUCUUUUCAAACACAGAUUAAAGAAAUAAGAGACUAAAUAACUCUCAAAUAUUAAAGCAAUCUUGAUUUAGUCUUAGUGUUUCAUUCUAUGUCAUUUUAAUGCUAAAUUAAUACUUUAAACUUGGCAAUUUCACUAAACUGGGUUAGGAAACCCUAAUAAUAACAACAACAACUAUUAUUUAUAGUUCUGUUUAUUGUCGGGUGAAUAAAAAUAUGUUACAAUUGGAAGAAUUUGUACCUUAAAGACUAUUGUUGAAGCUUUGUUGUUCACUUUUCAUACCUAUGUGAAACAUCAUUCCCACUCUCUGCAGGCACUGGUGAUAUAGCAGAAGAUAUGGAUAAACAGCUCCAAGCCAAUAGUAUCCGCAUCAACAUUUUAGAGGAGGAGAAUUCUAGACUAAGAGCCAAUCUGUCCAAACUUAAAGAAAAGGAUCAGCUGGGCCAGCUUAGGGUGAGCUUUGAUCUCCAACGCUAUUACCACUAACAGGCAACACCAUUCAUCCGCACACACAGAAAACAUUGACACCCAAAGAAUUUAAAGAAGUAUAAUGCCUUCUAUUAUAUCAGUAAAAGUGAUAUUAGUAAUAUACUUAACAAAUUUUGAUUGUGUUUUAGAAAUAAGAACGAAAAAAAUUAAAAUAGACAGAUCGACCAAAUAAAACAAGGCUCUAGACGGAACAUAAUAUGGUGUUUAACAAAGAUGUGGUUAUGGUGCUUGUGGACGACCGAUAUCAUGCUUUCACUUUUAACAUGUUUUCACAAAGUUCCAAUGUAGAGCAUAUUCUGGAAGACAAAUUAAAAGCAAUGAAAUAAAUAUACGAUUGUGUCUAUUAGAUUGAUCAGCCAAAUACUUUGAAUAAUAAGACUAAUAUGACUUUCUUCCCUUCGUCUCUCCAGCUGGUUCCCCAAACUCAGCUCUGGAACACCCCUCAAACCCCAGAACCAGUGAGCCCAGAAUCUCAGCAUUUACAAAGCAGCACAAAGUGAGUUUUCUUCACUGCUAUUCAUUAUAUUAUUAUGUCUUCAUAUAUUUCUACAUAGUAGUUCUGCACUAUAUUAUUAUGUCUUCAUAUAUUUCUACAUAGUAGUUCUGCACUAUAUUAUUAUGUCUUCAUAUAUUUCUACAUAGUAGUUCUGCACUCAUUUUGUCUCUUUGCAGCUAUUCGUCUUCCUGUGACUAUGUGAGCAUAUCCACAUUUAAAAUAUUUGCCUUACUGGGCAGUAGUUGAGUGUGAUUCUGACUCUUCACAAGUUAUGGAAAAUGUUUAAAUUUUGUCUCCAUAUGCUUAUUACAAAACUGGUAGCAAAUAUAUGAAUACAAUAAUAUAUAUACACCUACAAUGUACUUGUGUACUACUGGUUCAUUCUAUAGAUUGGUUAGUAUUUGGUAAGGAUACAAUACAGGUUAACCUACAGCCGUGCAUGCUUUUUUACUGCUGUGAGAUUUUGUUUGCACUAUUUUGUUGAUUUAGGUGGAUGAGUGGUUACUGUAUGGAAUUUUAACCAGUGAUGAUGUAAUUAAACCUUUUUCUGUCUGCUAUUUAACAGUGUUUGUCGAAUCUGACAUUUUAAGUAUCCUACCAUAACUUUUUAAUUUGCUGCAACUGAAUGCUAAUUUAGAUGUGCUAUGCUUGUUUUGUGAGUAAGAUACCUUGUGCUAACACACAUGACUAUUAAUGCUUGUAGAAUGUUGUUGGAUUCUUAAAAAUACAAAAGAGCAGUCUAUUUUAGCUAGGGCUGCAAUAUGUUUGCUUACGUAGGAACAGAGUAUUUGAGAAGCGAUAAGAACCAGUAGGCUGAUAUAAUUUGCUCGAUGUCAAAUAUCAUGCUUCAUUUUAUUUAUACUUAAAGGAAUACUACAGAGUCAGGAAUACAAACAUGUAUUCCUGACAUUAUAAUGCUAGAGUGCAGCAUUAGGUUCCUCGCCCCCUCUCGCCGGUGAUUUUACUCAUGCCCAUGCCGGACCUGUCUUGCUGUGGCUGGCCCUGUCUCUGUGGCUGAGAUCAUCAAUUUUGAGGAUCUCAGCCAAUCCGCCUGUCCUCAUAGAGAUGCAUUAAAUCAAUGCAUCUCUAUGGAAAAUGUUCAGCGCCUCCAUGCAGAGCAUGGAGACACUGAAUGUUAGUGCUGUACACUGUGUGGUACUGAUCCUGGAAGCACCUCUAGCGGCCAUUUGAGUGACUGCAACUGGAAUUGUAACUAGGCAGUAGGGAUGCACCGAAAUUAAAAUUCUGGGCCGAAACUGAAAAUUCAGGAUGCCCUUGGCCAAAAACAGAAACCGAAAAUUACUUUUUUUCCCCAAGUGAUUUAAAAAAAAGUUUCCUAUAAUUUUAUUAAUUUUAUACUUUUUAAUGAAUUUAAAUAAUCUAAUAUGAAAAACGUCACUUCUCCCUUCUCUUUUAGUGGUCCCCCCCCUUAAUGUCCCUCUCUCCCCCCUCUAGUGUUCCUCUCCCCUACCUCUUUUUUUAGUGUUCUUUUCCCCCCCCUUCCCCUGUCCCAUAGUGUUCUUUUCUCCCCUCUUCCCCUGUCCCACAGUGUUCUUCCCCCUCCCUGUCCCGCAGUGUUCUCCCAGAUCCCGCAGGUGUUCUUCCCCAGAUCCGUAAUCGAAUUUCUCCCCUCCUGUCCCAUGGUAUUCUCAGCCCUCCGUCCCAUAGUAUUCUCCACUUCCCCUCCCCUGUCCCAUAGUAUUCUCCCUCUCUCCCCUGUCCCAUGGUGUUCUUUCCUUCCCUGUCCCAUAGUAUUCUUUCCUUCCCCCUCCCUCCCGCCCCUGUCCCAUAGUGUUCUUUCCUUCCCCCUCCCUCCUUCCCUCCCCUGUCCCAUGGUGUUCUUUCCUUCCCCCUCCCUCUCUCCCUCCCCUGUCCCAUGGUGUUCUUUCCUUCCCCCUCCCUACCCUGUCCCAUAGUGUUCUUUUCUCCCCCCCCUCCCCUCCACUGUCCCAUAGUGUUCUUUUCUCCCCCCCCACCGUCCCAAGUGCAGUAUUCUUGACUUUUCAUGUUGUUAUUAUUACUAUCUUUCAUUGUGAUAUAUAAUCAUCUGAAUUGUUAAUGCAAGCAUGUCUGCUAAACUAUGCACUACAAACUUUUUUUUUUUUUUAAUUCCCCCCGGCAAUUUUGACCCCGGAUAGGCCCAUAUUCGUCCGAAAAUUUCGGUGCAUCUCGACUAUGCAGCAAUGUAAACACUGUCUUUUCUCUUAAGAGGCAAAGCUUACAGUGCAAAGGCUACUGGGGCAUGCUUUAGUCACAAGAAAAACUACAUUAAGCUGUAGUGGUUCUGGAUACUUUAGUGUCCAUUUAAGGAUUGUAUUAUGUGAAUUUCAAACUUUGCUAAAUUCUUUAACUAUAUGAACCUUUGAGUCUUAUCUACUUCCACCAAAAGGCUACUACACCUGGUAUCUGAAGUUCCUACCCUCUGGUUUAUUACUUUUUUAAAUUAAUGUUAUUACUAUCUAUUCCUUCUUAAAGGACCACUAAAGUGCCAAGAAAACAUAUUAGUUUUCCUGGCAGUAUAGUGCCCUGAGGAUGCCCCCACCCUCAGGGUCCCCCUCCCGCCGGGCUGGAUGGCGAGGAAAGGGGUUAAACUUACCUUUUCUCCAGCGCCGGGAGCUCUCCUCCUCCUCUCCGCCUCUUCGGCUGAAUGCGCAUGUGCGGCAGGAGCUGCGCGCGCAUUCAGCCAGUCUCAUAGGAAAGCAUUUACAAUGCUUUCAUAUGGACGCUGGCGUCUUCUCACUGUGAUUUUCAAUGAGACAGCCACUAGAGGCUUUAGAGGCUGGAUUAACCCAUUUAUAAACAUAGCAGUUUCUCUGAAACUGCUAUGUUUAUAAAAAAAAAGGGUUAAUCCUAGAGGGACCUGGCACUCAGACCACUUCAUUAAGUUGAAGUGGUCUGGGUGCCUAGAGUGGUCCUUUAAUCAGAUGCCAGUAUAUUCACAUAAGUGUGCAUUAUUUCUAAAUAAAUAAAUAAAUAAUCUGGUGCUUUUUCUAAUAUUUCUAAAUCAUUUUCAUGCAAAUUUGCUGUCAUGCAGGUCAACCACUCCCCAAAUGAUCUCAGUGGCCUUAGACCGAAACACAUCCCAUCCCACUUCUAAUGGUCAUAAGAGGAAAGAGUCUCCUGGAAGUGCAAACCAGGCACUAAGCUUUGUGACAUUCCCAUCUGAGAUGUCUCCCAUCGCAGCUUAUGGUCGUGUGAAGCAAGUUAAGGGGAGAAAUCGGACUUUUAGUUCAGACCGCAAAUAACUAGCGAGCUGUAAAUCGAAUAACAAUUUAUUUAUUUUGUAAUAAGAUUCAAUCCCACAUGCCAUCCAUACUGUCUGCUGCUUAUUUACUGCAUUAAUCUAUAGUGUAUGUAGGCAAUAGAUUCCAAAGUUUAUUGAUUAGUUUAGUCUCUGCAGAAGAUCAUCAUUCAAAUUCCAGAGAGUAAUGACAAGGGAUGGACUAGUGUUACUUAGACUUAGAAGAAAACUAGCAAUUUAAUUGUUGAAAAGUAAACAAAACAUUUUUUUAUUUCUUUAUGACCUGUAAUAAUACAGAUACAUUAUUUAUCCAGGCUAUUAAACAGUUGAAUGGAUGUAUGUUUGCACUUAGCAUUAUUAAUAUUUAUACUCCAUAUUCAUACUCCAAGUACCAGCAUGUCUUCCUUUUUUUCUUUCUGUCUUUCAGUUUUUUAUUGUUUAUCUCUUCCUCCAGAUGUAUCCCGUUCUCUCUCACUACUACUAAAAUCUGCAAUAAAGUUUUGAAUUU